AGCAUUUCGUUGCCAGAUUUUCAUAAAAAUAAAAGUGUCAAAAUGAUAAUGAGAAUUUUGUUAUUUUACAUCUUUUUGUUCCACACAUCUCAAGGGAAAUAUUUCAACAGCACAUUAUGGAGCAACUUUGUAAAGUUAGAGCCACAUGCUUUUAACAUAUCUGAUAUUGAAGUAUCGCGUGCUGGUCGUAUUGUUAAUGGAAAUAUCGCAAAAGCUGGGCAAUUUAAAGAGUUUGUUCUAAUGUUUGUAAGACGAUCAACAGGAACGGUUCAAUGUGGUGGCUGCUUAAUUGGUACGAAAUGGGUUAUGACUGCUAAACAUUGUACUAAUUCAGCAAUUUCCAUUGAUUUGCGUUUUGGCGUAAUAAAUCGAAACUUUUAUGACCAGCGAACUUAUGCUACUGGCUUGGUAUUUAGCAACAUUGCUGAUAUGUCGUUAAUCUUGUUACAAGAUCAAAUUAAAACUACUUAUCUUACAAAACCAGCACAAUUGCCAUCAAAUGCUAAUAACGUACUUGCUAGUGAAGUAGUAACAGCUUGUGGACUUGGAUUGGAAAAUCAAUUCACUAACUACGUUUCUGUUUAUUUACAAUGGACAAGACUUAAAGUUAUGUCCAAUGCUGAGGCAGAAAGGAUGUAUGGAAGUGAUGCAGUCAAUCAAAACAUCAUGUGUACAGUUGGAAGUUCUGAUGUUGGGAAUUCAUUCGCAUCUACUUGUUCUGGCGACAGUGGAUCACCUGUGUUUGCUACAAUAAAUGGACAGUUCGUUGUGGUAGGAAUCGUGUCAUUUGGAACUGGAAGUUGUGAUAAAGGUUAUCCAACAUGCCAUGUGAGAGUCGAUUCCCAAUUGAGUACUAUUUCACGGUAUAUUCAGUAAAUUCAUAUCUGAAAAUUUAUUGCCUCACGAUCCUCUAAAUGAAUACAGACAAUAUUGGAUUAAAUAAACUAUGUUAGCCCAUAAAGUCAAUAAAUAAGUAAUU